AUGUGCGGGAUCCACGCUCUCAUUGCACUUGUGGAUGACACUGCAGGCAAUGGAGACACAGCACCAACCGACGCGGUAGGCGGCCUCCCAGAGGUCCUCCGCGACCGCCUCGCACGUCGCGGACCCGACCACCUUGGCCAGGCAUCCUCUUCAUUUACGGGCCGAGAGGAUGGGAAGCCUGUGUCUUUGCAGUUCACAUCGACCGUGCUGGCGCUUCGCGGCGACGGCCUGACGAAGCAGCCGUUUGAGGACACGGCAACCGACACGGGGCGCGUCCUCUGCUGGAACGGCGAGGUGUGGAAAUGGAAGGUGAGCGGCGAACGCGGCAGGACACAAGUCGAAGUCGACGGCAACGACGGACAGCAUCUGUUUGAGCGUCUGGCGGCGUGUUCUGACACGGACGCUGUGCUCGCCGUCCUGCGCGCCAUCGAGGGCCCGUUUGCAUUCGUGUACUACGACCGGCCAGCAGGACAGCUGUUCUACGGACGCGACCGACUGGGGCGGCGGUCGCUGUUGGAGAGGCGGACGGACCGUUCUCUCACGCUGUCGAGUGUGUCCGACAUGUCGUCCUCGUCAGCGACAGAGGCGCCUUGGGUGGAGGUCGAGGCGGACGGCAUCUAUGUGGUGAACCUGCUGCAGGACCGGCCGUUUGCCCACGCGUCGUCAAGUGACGAUGCUGUUGACGGCGACGGCGGCGGCGGUACUACACGGUACGACUGGUCGAAGGAGCUUGGAAACGAUAGUGUCAGCGGUCUCGGACACUUUAACAUGGCGGCCAGCCCGCCACCAGACGAUAGCCGCCUGACCCUCGACUCGCCGUCUGUACGAGAGCUGCGUGACCAGCUCACAGCCUCCCUGCGUCUGCGCGUCUGCAAUGUCCCGCGGCCGCCAUCCACAUCCACAUUGUCCAAUGUCCACCCAGACACCGACAGGGUCGACACCCGCAUCGCCGUCCUCUUCUCGGGCGGCCUCGACUGCACCGUCCUCGCCCGGCUGGCCCACGACCUGCUGCCCGCUGACCAGGGCAUCGACCUCAUCAAUGUGGCCUUUGAGAAUCCGAGGGUCGUCGCCCAUUUGGCGCCCGAAAAGAAGGGCGACAUCUACGAAGCCUGCCCCGACCGCGUGACGGGCCGCGCGUCGCUGGCCGAAUUGGAGCGAGUCUGUCCGGCGAGGGCCUGGCGGUUCGUGGCUGUCAAUGUCCCCUACGCCGAGACCGUGGCACACCGCCCAGAGAUUGUCGCGCUGAUGCACCCGCACAACACGGAGAUGGACCUGUCGAUUGCGUCGGCCCUGUACUUUGCAUCGAGGGCCGGCGUCGACGACAACGACGACGACAGCGACGACAACGGAACAUCGGCGCGCGUGCUCGUGUCUGGCCUCGGCGCCGACGAACUGUUUGGGGGGUAUGGACGGCAUGCUGUUGCUUUCGGCGGGCGGGACGGCAAUGGCAGCCGCGGCUACGCUGCUUUGGCCAGGGAACUCUUGCUCGACAUGGCCCGUCUCGGCCGGCGCAACCUCGGCCGCGACGACCGCGUGCUGGCGCACUGGGGCCGCGAGGUGCGGUUCCCCUUUUUGGACGAAGGGCUGGUGCCGUGGGCCCUGGCGCUGCCGGUGUGGGCCAAGUGCGAUUUUGCCAACCCGGCAGGAGGUGGCGACGGCGAUAUCGAAAACGACGUUGAGCCCGCGAAGCGGGUGCUGCGUCUCGUGGCCCUGUCGCUGGGGAUGCCCCAUGUGGCGCGAGAGAAGAAGCGGGCCAUCCAAUUCGGCGCGCGGACGGCCAAGAUGGAGAGCGGGCGCGUCAAAGGGACGGCCUUGGUGGUGUAG